AUGAUAUCGGCAUUCACCGCCCAGCCGAUCGUUGAGCUUAAGCAACGUGACAAGUCCAAAAUCGAAUCCAUCCUUUCCCACAGCGACCAAUUGCUCGUCGGUCUCAACACCGGCUCUCUACGCAUCUAUCGAGUCAAAAGCCCUCCUUCGCGAACCUCUGAAGAUGAUGCUACAAAUGAAGAGAGUCCACCCACCGCCGACGGUACCCCGGCCGCUUCUUCCAGACCUUCUGAACUGCUUCGCGAGUACGAAAAGUUCUCCAAACACAAAAUUGAACAACUCGCUGUGUUCCGCGAAGCAAACAUUCUCAUAUCGCUGAGCAACGGACUCGUCUCACUACACGAUCUGGGAACAUACGAGCUGUGCGAACAGUUGACAAGAUCAAAAGGUGCUAGUACGUUCGCUGCGUCAAGCAAUAUAGUUAAAGAUCCCACAACUGGUGUCCCUACCCUGGUCAGCAGGCUUGCAGUUGCCGUCAAGCGAAGACUGUUGUUGUGGUCGUGGCAUGAUGGAGAGCUGGAUGGCGACGCCAGCGAGAUUGCUUUGUCAAAUAGCAUCAAGUCGCUGACGUGGGCAACUGGCACAAAGAUUGUGGUGGGUUUAAAUGCAAAUUAUGUUCUCGUCAACAUCGAGUCCCACGAUGUCAAGACAAUUGUUGGACCCGGUAGCAUCGGUGGCUCGCCCGGCCAGGAGAGCAGCAGGCUAGGAGGAACAAUGAGCUACAUUGGAAUGGGAGGAAUGGUUCCGACUCCCCUCGCGACAGGACUUGGAGAGAAGGAAAUGCUCCUGGCCAAGGACAUCAACACACAUUUCAUCGAUCGAGACGGAGAACCGGUCGGUCGACGACAGAUACCAUGGCGAACACCUCCGCUCGCAGUUGGGUACUCGUACCCUUAUCUGUUGUCCCUGCAAGAAUCGGGCAAGGGAGUAUUGGAAGUUCGCAACCCACAAACACUAACUUUGUUUCAAUCCAUUGAUCUCCCCGGCGCCGUACUGUUGCAAGUUCCCAACCCGAACAUCAGCUUAGCACAUCAAGGAAAGGGAUUCCUGGUCGCGAGCGAGCGGGUUAUUUGGAGGAUGCAAGGUCUGAGCUAUGAUGCCCAAGUUGAUGCUCUGGUUGAAGGCGGCCAUCUUGAUGAAGCGAUCAGUCUUCUAGAGAUGAUAGAGGAAACUCUGAUCAAGAACAAGGCUGAGCGCUUACGGGAAAUCAAGAUGCAGAAGGCUCAGACCCUGUUCGACGAGAAGAAAUUCAGGUACGCGUUGGACCUUUUCGGGGAGGUCUCUGCUCCGCCCGAGCGAGUUAUAAAACUCUAUCCCGAAGUAAUAGCUGGCGACCUUGCGAAGGACGAGCAAAAGGACGGUCUGCAACCUGAAGAAGCGUCAAAGAACGAGAGCCCUCCGCGAGAAAAGCAUAAAAAGGCCGACUCUAUCACGAGUCCCGUGAAAAAGACGAAAUCGCUACCUUCUGAUGCCGACGCCUCCAGCAUGCGAAGUGUGAAGACGGCUGAUAACGCCGGCAGCGAAGGCCUCUCGGACAAAGAACUCAAGGUCGCAGUCCGGGAACUUCAAGCAUUUCUUGCCGAUGUUCGUCGACGGCUGCAGAGAUUUUUCCAUCCGGACCAAACGGUGCGAAGUCUAUCUGAAGUACAAAGCGGAGCUCAGUCUGAAGAUAUUCGACAGGUCACCGAAUAUCUCCUUGGGCUGCCAACACUGGACGAUGUCGAUCUGGGAGAAAAGCUUCUUGCCGUGGCCCGGCUGGUGGAUACGACAUUAUUCAGAGCACACAUGUAUGCGACGCCUUCGCUUGCAGGCUCGCUGUUCCGCAUUUCAAAUUUCUGUGACCCAGAGGUAGUGAUGGCCAAACUCGAGGAAACCGAGCGGUACAACGACCUCAUUGAGUUCCUAUACGGAAAACGACUCCACCGACAGGCAUUGGAAAGGCUUCAGAAAUUCGGACAGGCGGAAAAGACAGAGAAUAUUGAUCCUCAAUUGCAUGGCCCCGCUCGAACAAUCACAUACCUUCAAAAUCUGGGUCCAGAUUUGAUUGACAUGAUCGUUGAAUUUGCUCGGUGGCCUUUGGAAACGAUGCCAUCGGUGGCAAUGGACAUCUUCCUGGGCGAUACGGAAAAUGCAGAGUCACUCCCACGUCACAAAGUGUUGGCUUUCCUUGAGUCUAUUGACCAAGGACUGGCCCAGAGAUAUUUGGAACACGUUGUGGAUGAAUUGAAUGACCUGACACCCGAACUACACCAGCGUCUCGUCACGCUCUAUCUUGAACGACUGAAAGAUCCAAACUUGAAAAGUCAUGACGAAAUUCUGGACAGGUUACUUACAUUGUUGAAAAGAUCUGAGCAGUACUCUCCAGCGAAGACGUUGGGCUUCCUCCCCCGCGAUGACCCUACUUUCUAUGAGGCUCGCGCUAUUAUCUUCCGCAAAAUGGGCAACCACAAGCAAGCCCUGGAAAUAUACGUCUUCAAACUACAUAACCCGGCAAAGGCGGAAGAAUAUUGUAAUGAAGUUCAUCUGGAGAGCACCAUGAAUGGCUCCAGCAAAUCACUCUCCCGGCAGAAAUCGACCAAUGACUCUGUGGACGAACAGUCAUCCAUCUAUCACAUCCUCUUGAACCUCUACUUGAACCCUCCCAAAGGGGAAAGGGCAAUGAUUGGACCAGCUAUUGAACUGAUGGCCCGACAUGGUCCCCGACUACCUGCAAGUUCGACCUUGGAGAUGAUCCCCGAAGAUCUCUUGGUAAGAGAGCUCGAAUUCUAUUUCCGCGGCCGGAUCCGUAAUGCCAACAGCAUCAUGAACGACUCAAUGAUAGAGGCCGGGCUGAGAAAGGUAGAAGCCGUUCGUGUGCAAGCGGCUCUUCUGCUUGGAGACAGCGCUCAAUCUGGAGGAAGAAGUAGAAAAGUGCGCAUCGAUGAAGGUCGCGUCUGUGGCGUCUGCUAUAAGCGGCUCGGGGGCAGUGUCAUCAGCGUUUUCCCCGACAAUUCUGUCGUCCACCUGGGAUGUGCCGUUCGAAAGCAGAACGAGCUUGCUGGCAAAGCCCAGCCACCUUGA